GCUGCGCUUUCCUCUCCCAACAUCAAACUCGCUUGCGCGGCCGGCUCUGAGCUUUAUACGUGGCUGCGAGCUGCUUUAAACUGCACUUGACACACGCCGCCGCAGAACAACUUCGCUGCUUACGAUAGAAAUGCGUGUGCUCCGAGUUGCUGCCUUGGUGGCUGCGGCCAAUGCAUUCGUGGGCACCCGCGCGCGAAUUCAAGCCGCAGGACUCCACGCCGUCGACGCGAAGUGACGAUUUCGCACACAGGUGGCACCGCUCGCCGCGCGGCGGCCGGUCGCGGUCCGCGGCGCGCCCGAGGACGCCGCCGACGCAAAGAUCGACUCCUUCGUCAAGGAUAAUAAGGUGCUAAAAACGGCGUCCGAGGCGACGCACGCCCCCCAAACACGCCAUCGACGCGCCCCGCGCAGGUCAUGCUCUUCAUGAAGGGCACGAAGAUCUUCCCCCAGUGCGGUUUUAGCAAUAUGGCCGUGCAGAUCCUCAACGCGAUCGGCGCCGAUUUUGAAACGUGCGACGUUUUGAGCGACGACUUCAUCCGCCAGCAGAUCAAGGUCUACUCGGACUGGCCGACGAUCCCGCAGCUUUAUGUGGACGGCGAGUUCGUGGGCGGGUCCGACAUCAUGCUGGAGAUGUACCAGGCCGGGGAGCUGCAGGAGAUGAUCGAGGUCGCGGCGGCUUCCUAAGGUAUGGGUCUUUGUCUAAUUAGUUCUUGCCAUGUUUA